CUAUACCGAGCUUAUGUGGCCUUUCCCGACUUUUUCCGUAACUCAACUACCACGUGGUGGAAGAGGGAGUUGCAAGAACUCUACACCAAUCCACAGAAUCCAGAGAGAAGCUUGAAAUUUGAUGGCAUGUGGAUUGAUAUGAAUGAGCCAGCGAGUUUUGUGAAUGGAGCAGUUCCUCCAGGCUGCAAGGAUGCCACUCUGAACCACCCUCCCUAUAUGCCAUAUUUGGAGUCCAGGGACAGGGGCCUGAGCAGCAAGACCCUGUGCAUGGAGAGUGAGCAGGUCCUGCCAGAUGGCUCGCGAGUGCGGCACUACGACGUCCACAGCCUGUAUGGAUGGGCCCAGGCCAGACCCACCUACGA